CACACACACGCUCACACACACGCCACGCGCUUGCGUCCUUGCGCGUGCUCGCGCCCGCUGGCUCGCGUGCCCGCGCCGCAGGUAGUAGCCCCGCCCCCCUUCCCCGCUCCUCGACCACAACCAACGUAUCGGCCGUGGAGCGACGCCGGCAUCUGCGCAACAAACCAGCCGGCUUGCUCGCUCUCUCUUCGCCGGACAGCCGCCUCAGGUCUCCUGCAGGCCUCCUCGCUGAACUUGCUGGGGCGCCCGAAAGGUGAAAGUUCACCUCUUGGAAGGCGAGCGAGGACGAUGGGAACGCAUCAUCGGUGGCUUUAAAAUUGGAAGGCGUCUGGAUUAUUUCCUCACGCUCCCACCUGGAACUCAACGGCAUCCUUGACCGUUUGUUGCUGUGGUGACCUUUUGGAAAGCUUCGAAUCCCGGGCGGGUUUGGGUGAUCUUAAAAAAUGGCCGCCUUGACGCGGAGUUGAGACGCACGCCGUCCAGCAUGUCCUGGAAGAGGGACUAUUUUGCGGCGGGCGGCGUGGCGGGGCCCGGCGGCGGCGGGACGGCGGCCGUUCUGACGCCUCGCGCCGUGACCUCCAUGGCGCCCAGUAAAGGUUUGAGCAACGAGCCAGGACAGAACAGCUGCUUCCUCAACAGCGCCCUACAGGUCCUGUGGCAUUUGGACAUCUUCCGCCGUAGCUUCAGACAGCAGACGUCUCACAAGUGUAUGCAGGACUCGUGCAUCUUCUGCGCUCUGAAGAGUAUCUUUGCCCAGUUCCAGUACAGCAGCGAGGCGGUGCUGCCCUCGGACGCGCUCCGCAGCGCCCUCGCCAAAACCUUCCAGGACGAGCAGCGGUUCCAGCUCGGCAUCAUGGACGACGCGGCCGAGUGCUUCGAGAACAUCCUGAUGAGGAUUCACUUCCACAUCGCAGACGAGUCCAAAGAAGACGUCUGCACGGCCAGACACUGCAUCCCGCAUCAGAAGUUCGCCAUGACGCUCUUCGAACAGUGUGUGUGCAGCAGCUGCGGCGCGUCUUCAGACCCGCUGCCCUUCAUUCAGAUGGUCCAUUACAUCUCCACCACCUCCCUGUGUAACCAGGCGGUGAAGAUGCUGGAGUCCCGGCACGACGCCACCCCGGGGAUGUUUGGCGAGCUGCUGCGGAACGCCAGCAUGGGCGACCUGCGCAACUGUCCCAGUCGGUGCGGCCAGCAGCUCCGGAUGGCUCGCGUCCUCCUCAACAGUCCGGAGAUCGUCACCAUCGGACUGGUGUGGGACUCGGACCACUCCGACCUGGCCGAGGACGUCAUCCACACCCUGGGGACGUGCCUGCGCCUCGGGGACUUGUUUUACAGAGUGACCGAGGAGAAGGCCCGCCAGGCGGAGCUCUACCUAGUGGGCAUGGUGUGCUACUACGGCCACCACUACUCCACCUUCUUCUUCCAAACAAAAAUUCGACGCUGGAUGUACUUCGACGACGCGCACGUCAAGGAGAUCGGGCCCAAGUGGAAGGACGUGGUGUCGCGCUGCAUCAAGGGCCACUACCAGCCGCUGCUGCUGCUGUACGCCGACCCCCGCGGGGCGCCCGUGUCGGGCCGCGACUCGGCGCCGCCCCCGCCGGGCCGCCUCGACAAGCCCUCCGACGACAGCGAGGACUCGGGCCGCGAGCCGUCCAUCUCCAGCGACACUCGCACGGACUCGUCCGCGGAGAGCUCCUCGUCCCGACGGCCCGCCCCCCCGCGCCAUGAGCCCCCGGCCGGGCGGCGGCCCCCGGAGCCCCCGCGCCCCCCAACCGCCGCCGCCGCCUGCCCCCGACGCUCAGACGGGCCGCUCCACGCCUCACUCUGCAGCCUGGAUGCCGUAGGAGAGACACUGAAGGAGCAGCAGGUUCCCCGCCAGGCACCCAAACCCUCCUCCUCCACCUCCUCCGCUAGCCGCCUCCGCGACUUGAAGGAGAGCAUGAGCAACCUCCUACUCAGCCGAACUCUCUCCUCCUCCUCAUCCUCCUCGACCUCCUCCCUGCCGGCCGCCGGGAUCCUCUCCUUCAGUAGCCGCCCGCCCGCCGCCGCCGCCUCCUCCGACCUACCGGACCGGCGGGCCCAGGGCACCGACGGGGAAACUGACUCCGGGUCUUGGGGCGGCGCUGCGCCGGGUAGGUACCGGCCCUCGUGGAGGCCCCGCAGGGACGCGCUCAACAUCGACGGCAUCUUCGCGCGACGCCGGCAGGGCGGCUACAGCCCGCUCGCCGGCCCCCCGACGGACCACUGCAGGACCCCCGUCGCCGCGUCGGUGACGUCGGAGCGGGGGGGCUCCUCCGCGACACUCCCUGCCACCGUCGGCGAUCCGGAGCCCAGGCUGAUCCAACGGAUGGAGAGCGGGUACGAGAGCAGCGAGAGGAACAGCGGCAGCCCCGUUAGCCUGGAGCUAACCCUGCUCGAGCGGGAGGGCGCGACCAAGCCGGCGCCCUCAUCGGGACCGCCACGGAAGAACGCGAGAUCAAAGAGCAGCGGCGCCGUCUCGGACGACGUCAGCUCGGCCUCUAGGGGGAGCCUCGCGCCCCCCGCAGGCCGCAGCGAGCUGGACGAGCUCCAGGAGGAGGUGCUGAGGCGAGCCGAGGAGGAGGAGCGGCGGCGGCAGCAGGAGAAGGACAGGGAGGCCCGGCUCGGCUUCAACCCCAGACCCAGCAAGUACCUGGACCUGGACCAGCUGCAGAUCCAGGGAAAAGGCGACAGUCUGGAUCGGUGCCUGUCGGAGGUGGAGCUCCUCCUGGACCAAUCGGUGCGUCUGGAGCAAGCGGGCGAAGUGGCCGCCGCCCUCUCGGCGGUCAACGAAGCCGUCUCUAAACUGCGGCCGGCGAGCGACGGCGUCUCGGGCGCUCACGGCCGACCGCGGCGCUGCAUGAAGAGGGCGCGCGGCAGGCAGCAGCGUCUGCUGCUGCUACUGCAGCAGCAGCAUCAUCAUCAUCAUCACCACCGCCAUCUUCAUCAGCAUGAGCAGCGGCAGCACAGUGAAAAGUCUGUCCCGCAGCAAAUACUUCUGACAGACGCUUCCGACGACCAAUCGGCUCCCACCCGGGACCGGCAGGCUCCGCCCCUCGCUCCUCCUCAUCCCUUCCCCGUCACAGGUCUCCGCCCCCACGCCGUCUCCUCACGGGACCCCAGCCCUCCAGCGCCGCCCCGCGAGUCCGUCGGAGUCCUUCCCGCGCUCGACUUGUCGGUCCGAAGCCCCCCGAAGGAGAUGACCUCGCGGGGUCUACCCGUGGAGGCGACCCCUGACGUGAUACAGGAGGAGCCUUUUUGUUCCCGAACCCCCGACAGAAACUGGUCCUGCUUACAGACGGCUCGGACCUCCCGUCCGGUGGGCGGCGGAGCCGUCCUGCCCGUGGACCGCUGGGCCCAAAACGUCCACAGGUACUACAGUUCCCACGAUGCACCGGGAGGAGGAGGUGUGGAGCUCCACAGUGAGGAGAUGACAGAGCUGGACUCCCUCUACCAGGCGAGCCUGCGAGCUCCCAACAUGCAUUGCAACGCUCUGAGGAACAACGCAGGACUGAGGAGAAUCCCGUCUGGGACGCGGCGCUCCCUAACGCCGACGGCCGAGAUCGAGAGACACGCCUACAGGACGCCCCUCGUCCUCGUGCCCAAGUGCCCGGACGGCGUCGACGAAAGCUACAGUGCGGAAAACCUUCGCCGCGUCGCUCGAACGCUGAGCAGCUCCGUCGUGGCCGCCGCCGCCGUCUGCCCCGCCCACAUCCCCGAGAUCUCGGCGUCCACGCACUCCCCUUCGUCUUCAUCACUUCCACACCCCGCCGCCUCCUCUUCCUCCACCUCUCACCGCUUCCGUGUCGGUAUCCAGCGUGCCCCCCCGGCGACCUCACGGCCCCCCGCCUCGGACCUUCCAGGAUCCGUCCGGCGGUCCCUCCGGGACGAAGACGACGUAGAGCCUGAGCGGUACGCUGGGGUCCCCCCAAGUUACGGGACUCUGCCUCGCGGUCCCAGGCGUUCCUCGUCGCUCACAGGUCCGGGAAGGGGUGCCGGUUCGGCUCCUUGGGGCCUUUACGCCACCAUGACGCGCCCGGGGCGUCCCGUCGCCGCCGGGGGUCCGACCCCGCCCCUGCGUCUGGACGUGCCGCCGGACGACGACUGGCGGCGGCGGUCGGACGCCCGGGCGGACGGGAAGCAAACCCGCCUCCUCGACCGAACGCCGCCGUCGCUCUGCUCGCUGUGCCGCCGUCUUCCGGCCGCGCCGCCGCGACUUUUCUGCUUCUCCUGCGCCGCCUACGCUCGCCGCUACCGAGCGGCGCCGUGACGCCCGUUAUUCAGAUGUGCCUACGAGGGAGGCGACGUUUGCAAGAUCUGGCCUUGCGUGCCGCUUACAUCUUUGCAGCUCGGGACCGCCGAGAGGGCUUCGCUCCUCCUCCCCCAAACUCGCCGAGGACGACGACGUACAACAUUGUGCACAAGUCUUGGGUCGCCACUAGUUGGAAAGUUUUGUGGGAAUUACAGGAACUGAAAAUAAUUGAAUGGAAUGUUGCAACAUAAAUAUAAAGAUUUUAUUUUGUAUUACCUUACCUGCUAUUUUUAGCCUCACUUUGCCAGUGUUAAACUGUAAUAGUUUCAGUAAAGCUCCUGUGUGAGGUCACAUGCACGCAAAUCCUUGUCGGUCACGCCUUGUGUAUCUGAUAGGUUGAUUUUCCUCAGAUGCGGUGGUUUCUUUUAAUGGAGAAAAAAGCGGGUCUGGUGUCAUUCCAUUCCAAGCAAAAAAGUAAAUAAAUUGGUCAAGCGACGGUUUAGAACUGCGAAAACUGCUCGGUAACGGCAUCGUGAAGUCUGCUUUUUGCAGCCAGGAUUAUUCUCAAAAAUAAUCGUAUUUUUGUCCCAGCAGCAUAAUUGCCCAAGUCAUUUUUGAGCCUUUUAACAAAAAAAAAAAAAAAAAAACCAAAACCCAAAUUGAUCAAUAAGAAAAGUGCAGUUGGCUCCAUUCAACCUUCGGAUCGAAACUGAGAAUGUACGGUAAGAGAAAGACCAAAAAGCACAAUUCUUAACAAACACUUUGCGCUUUUUUCUUUUUUCAUUUAUAGUGACAGCAAGUUCAAAAAUGUUUUGUCAGUCGUGUUAUUCGGUUAACAAUGUUUCACAACCUUCAUGUUGGUCAUUUCCUGUUUUAUUGCCAGCCCAAAAAUGAGUAAGUGCAAUAUUAUUAUUAUUAUGAUACAGAAUAUUUUCAGAAUGGUUUUCGCACCUCCUCCCUCUUUGUUCUUCAUUCUCCACAAACUUCUCAACUUGAGAAAAACUAAAAAAUAUAUAUAUAUAUUUUAAAUAUACUUCAACAGAAUUUCCAUUCGUGGAUGUGCUCCCAUUCGUGGCCUUCUACUUUUAUUUUAUGACGACGGCGUUGCUAAGGCAACAAAUGUAGUGGCCGGCGCCAAAGACUUUCGCACGACCGUUUUGUAAAUGUUUUAAUUUAUUGUGUCGGCCGCGCGCGUAGAGAAACGUCAACUAGUUUUCUAAAAAGUCAAGUUAGUGUUUGGAUUUUGAAGACUUGCAGCUAAUAUUUAGCAUGUUUUUCCUCCCACUUUUAGCCUUCAACUUGAUGCCUGCAUCAUAUCGAUCGAAAUGAAUGUUAAUACAAAUAUAUAUGCACAUCUUUUUUUUUAACGUCCAUCUUAUUUAAGCUAAAGUUUGCGCUUGGUGCGUUUCUAGGAAGGAGCUUUGUGUAAUUUGAUGACUUUGUUGUGCUGACAACAAACGAAGCGCAAACACAAAAUUCUUCCUGAUUGGGAAUGAUUAAGAUUUUUUUUUAUUACUUGGUUCACUUUUAGUCCAAGUUUUGAUUUGAUUGAGUUUCUAUUUUUGAUUCUUAUUUUUGUACUGCGUAGAACGGACAUGAUUAAAAUGUUUCAAAAGAGAUCACAAGUUUCUGGAGCAAUGAGCGUUUAUUGGCGUCCGAGGACAUGCAACACUGCGAGAGGCUGUCGUGGACUGACGCAGGUAAGUAAACAUAGAACAACAUAGAUAACGUCGAUAAAGGAUCAACCCAUCACACCUAGG